AUGAAUUCCUCCGCCACAACGACCACCCCUCAAACCUCAGCCCCCGUCAGCAAGUUCCGUUGCCUCUUCUCCCCCGAUAUCCGACGCAAAGCGAAACGAUGGGAUGAUGGCAUCCUCCGCUAUCAUUCCUUCAACAAGCGGAUCAUGGUCUACGAUAUCCAGAGUAAUUUUAUCGGAGAUCUACAUUGGCGCGACGGGGAGGGGCUUCAUGACGGUGAUGAAUUGGAGCUGGAGCAAGGAGUGCUUGUGCAGGUGGGCGAGUGUGUGGAGCAGACCCUGACAGACUUGACGGAGCUGUUGGAGAAGAGGAAACAUGCGGUCACCUCCUCUCCCACAAAGGCGUUCUCGCCAGACGCCUCGUCUCGCCCAGCACUUUCUGCUCAUGGUAACAUUGUGGCUCCGAACUCGUCGGGACGACUGAAGUCACUGAACGAGCUGUUAGGUAUUGGGCGGGCGCGAAUUGGAAGGGCUGCAUUGCCCUCGAAGUCACCCUAUGAGGAGCGGCAUCGUGCCAUUCGUCCCGACAAUAAUGGUGCUGAUACGGCGAAUACGGAACGCGCCCCAAAGAGGCGGAGAGUAGAUAACCGUGAACAGGGAUGGGAUGUUGAUAGAUCAUCAUGGCAGAAUCUACUUUGUGACUCCGGCUCGCACUCCUCUGUGUCAGCGUUUCAGCCAGCCAGGGAUCUGGUGCGUAACAGCGUUUCCACUUCGUCCAAAUCGUCGUCAAACGACAUCCCCAAAAUAACGAACAAGGGGGACAGAUCGAAAUCGCAAACCAUCAUCGAUUUCGGUAACUCUCCUGGAUCUGUCAAUAUUCUCAGGAUGGCCAUCGAAAAGCCUCGAAAGAAACUGAUGUACAAGGAUUUACUCGCCGCACAGGCCAGGCACCGCCCCACACCCAGGUCUCAACAAAACUCAAGAGAGAAGCAGAACAGUAGCUACUCUUCAUUUCAUACCAUCAACGUCAACACUACGUGCCAUCCAAGAAGCCGAACCUCCGCCAUCUUCACAAAAGACCAAACCCAUAAACCAGUUCUUCCAGAAAAACAGCAACGAUGCACCCCCCAUCACAACCAUAAAGUCGCAGAAGGAGGUUGCUCCAAGCCCAGUAGCUCAAGCCCCACAAACCACUACCAUGGCGUGCAACAUAGAAAACCCUCCCCCAAAAUCCCAUGA